AUGAUUGGGGCUCGGUACUUAACUCUGUGUAACUGGCGCACCGAUUGGGUCCGGCAUCGGAACUAUGCAACUUCACCUAUGAUAACACCCACAACGGAAUACCUAUCAUCUUAUGAAGGCCACAACUCUAAUCAUCAUAAUUUGCACACCUUUUUGGAGUAUGCUAAACGUAUCCACCUAGACCCUUCUAGUACAUGUUAUGUGGGCACUCACUAUGAAUACACGGUAAAGACAGCACUUGAGCAUUUAGGGAUGACAUUAAAGCGCGUUGGCGGCCGAGAUGACCGAGGAACUGACCUUUUCGGCACAUGGUCACCCCCGUCGGCGCUUCAAGCCUUAAAAAUCCUCGUUCAGUGCAAAGCAAAAGCUGGAAAAUUAACCCCCGCGUACGCUAGAGAACUCGAAGGCUCCUUUAUAGGAGCUCCUGCUGGGUGGAGGGAGCCAGGUACACUGGGCUUACUCGUGUCCAAACAGCCUGUAACAAAGGGUGUUAGAGAAGCUUUGCUAAGAAGUCAAUGGUCAAUGGGAUAUGCACAGUGUAGUGCGAACGGAAAACUCUUGCAGAUGAUUUGGAAUAAAAAAGCUGAGAAAGAAGGACUGGAUGGUAUCCAUAUUGGAGUACGCUAUACGGGUGGAGAUAUUCAUGAGCGUGAAGUGGUCCUGACAUGGAAAAAUGAAGUCAUCUGCUGA